AGACUUUACCUCUUCAAUUCUUUCUAGUUGUCAGAGAGAACAAAAAUUAAUAAUUUUAAUUGGAGAUAACAAUAUAGAAGUGACUUCGAAUCGUACUAUACCGAUUGUAAAAAUUAAAAAAAAUAUUUAUAAUAAUUUAACUGUUAUAAUUGUCUGAAAUAUCGCACAUCGUCUCGUUGGCAUUGGGAGACACAAACACAAACCUCCUCUGCUACCAAUCACUCACAAUCUUCUUCCUGCUCUGCAAUGCUUUACAGAGGGCUUCCGAAGUAACAACUAGACAAGAAGUAUGUCAAAAAGCAAGCUGUAAUACACAAGACUAAUCGAUUUUUCCUGUCAAUAGAAAAGAAAGAAGCAAGGAAAUUUUUCUUCCUCAAAUAGCCAUAGUGGCCGCCCCCAUUUUCCGGCCUACCUCUGGCCACCAUACUGACCGGAAUAAGAAAAUACCACAUUUCUUCCUCCGCAGCAGUAAGGCCCAUUCCGGCCACCUCAGUUUGUGUUUCUUCUUCGUCUUUACCUCCACAAUAAACCUAGCAAUUUGAAUUUGUUGUUUCCGACGUCGUUAUUACUGCCGCUCACAGCUGCCGUUGUCGUCCUCUCAUUUUUUCAUUGCUUUGUAUAUCUGUAGGAUCAUAUUUUUUGCGUUGGAUGUUGAUAUUGGAGUGUAUGUAUAGGGGAAAGCCAUAUAUUAAUUAAAUGAUAAGCAUGUCCUGGAAACAAAAAAAAGAAGAAGUAAUUACUUGAUAUUGUUGCGAUCCUUAAUAUCGUUGCCGUUUGCAGUGAGUUGCCAGCCAUUCUCUUCGAUGCCACGGCCGCCACAGGAUGGUUGAAUUUUCGAUAAGUAAUGCUAGAUAUAAUUAUAUGCAUGAUCAGAAAUAUCCCUCUGAAGAUGUCGACAUACACCAUAUAGUUCUGCGGAGGAGUGAUGCAAAAUAUUUUCUUUUGUAUGCCUCAACAAAUUUUGUAUUAGCAUGUGGCAUCUAUUUGUAUGUUUUUAAGGAAAAAUCCAUUAGUCUUGUGUAUUACACCUUGCUUUUUGACAUACUUCUUGUCAAGUUGUUACUUCGGAAGCCUGUUAAUAAAGAGUCUGUUGUGAUUAUGCCGGCUUUUGGUGUACAGCUUGAGACUCACUAUAUGAGUGGAGAAUUCAUCCGAAGCUUUGUUCCAAUUGACAAGAUUCUAAAACCUGUUUUAUUAGAAUGUGUGACUCCGGUGACUUGCUACUGGACUCUAUCCUUGAUUGUUCGCGAGGAAUCAGAAAUGGUGUUAGUUUUUAAGAACUUGCGACCGCCUGUUAAAAUGCUAGUGCAUGUCUGGAAGGCUUUAUGUGCUGCAACAGAUAAUAAAGAAGAGAUUUGUAUACAUACAGGGAGAGAUGGAUAGCUAUGAGUUCCUAAUAGUUAUACUCUUGAAUUCACAUGAAAAAGUGAUCAUUAUAAACCACAGACUGCUGGUUCAGGACUCACUGAUAUGAUCUCAAGUUGAUAGUUUGGAAUAGGACUGCUAGUGCAAGUAAACCGGAGAUUCAAUCAAGUACUAGGAAUAUUUUAUCCUUUCCAUAGGGCUUGAGCCAAGUUUUAUUUUUCUAGCCAUUUGAAAUCUUAGAAUAACGUAAAAAGUUGUCUGCUGAAGAGGUUGAUUUUAUGGAUGCAGAUUCACAAGCCUUAAUCUUAGAGGACUGAAGUGGUAUUUAGUAGGGGUGAGUGGAUUCACAAGCCUUAAUCUUAGAGGACUGGAGUGGUAUUUAGUAGGGGUGAGUGAAUUUAAAACUAUCCAAAUAAAAACCAACAUGCAAUGUGGACUAACAA